UUCCAUCUAGUUUGACUUGUAAAUAUAAUCCCCGAUGUUCCCAUGUCGACUCCGUAAUAGCGGAAUCAUCUCUGGGUCAGUUACAGGAGAGUUGACUACACGCCCUUCACAGCUUUUCGUCACUAACUUAAUAUUAGCUGACAUGGUGAAUGUACUGGUCAAAGUACGACUUCAGAAAUGAUAGUGUAGUGGUCGAAGAAGCAGCUCUACAGCAUCUUAGCCUAGCCGAGUUGAGCUGCUCAACUGGACGAGUUGAAGGCGGGUGUGAAUAUUAAGUUUAGCUAAGUUGAGUUUUAUUUGCUUCCGCAUCCUAACAUGGAGUCAUUUGGAACCAUCGGUGCCGUUCUUGGAUGCUCCGCGGGCAUUGCUGUGGGAGGACUUGUGUUUGCAGCUUACAAACUUGGAUUACUUUACCAGUUGUUUCACAAGACCGAGACGCAGAGCCCACGGCAUGGUGGCGAGAGUGUGGCAGAGGUCCUGCGCGCCCACGGGGUCAAGUACGUUUUCACCCUUGUCGGUGGACACAUCUCACCUAUUCUGGUGGCUUGCGAGAAGUUGGGCAUCAGCGUCGUGGACACCAGACACGAGGCCACUGCCGUCUUCGCUGCUGAUGCUGUGGCAAGACUCUCAGGUACUGUCGGUGUAGCAGCAGUGACUGCUGGCCCAGGCCUCACUAACACAGUGACAGCAGUGAAGAAUGCUCAGAUGGCAGAAUCUCCAUUGCUGCUCAUGGGAGGAGCCGCUGGUACACUACUUCAGGGCAGAGGAGCGCUGCAAGACAUUGAUCAGAUGUCUCUCUUCAAGCCGCUGUGUAAGUUCUGUGCCUCCAUCAGGACCAUCAGGGAGAUCGUGCCUACCAUCAGGAAAGCCCUGGCCAUCGCCCAGUCGGGAACUCCUGGUCCUGUUUUCAUAGAGUUUCCCAUCGACACACUCUAUCCCUACCAUCUUGUAUCCAAAGAGUUUUUAGUGAAGAACCCUCCUAAGGGCCUAAUGGGAAAAAUUGUCUCAUGGUACCUCACUAACCACCUCAUGAACCUAUUUGCUGGAGCGUGGGAGAGCAGAGAUGUGUCUCCACUUCCUGUUGACAUUCCACAUGCAACAGACGAUCAGAUCCAAAAAUGCAUAGAGCUGGUGAGUCGAGCCAAGAGACCUGUUAUUCUGCUGGGAAGCCAGGCGACGCUACCCCCAACGCCAGUUGAUGGUAUCAGGAAGGCAUUGGAGGACCUGGGCAUCCCCUGCUUCCUCGGGGGCAUGUCCCGUGGCAUGUUGGGUAAAAACAGCCCCAUCCACAUCAGACAGAACAGGCGAGAUGCUCUGAAGGAGGCCGACUUGGUGAUCUUAGCAGGCACUGUGUGUGACUUCAGGCUGAGCUAUGGCAGAGUUCUCAACAGACGCAGUAAGAUCAUCGCUGUCAACAGAGAUAAGACGCAGCUGCUGAAAAACUCAGACAUGUUCUGGAAACCAACCAUAGCAAUUCAGGGUGACGCAGGUUCCUUCUUAGUGCGGCUUUCCAAAGGUCUGAAGGGACAUCGCUGUCCAGAGGAAUGGCCUCAGAGCCUCAAAGCAGGAGAUAUGACCAAAGAAAAUGUUAACAGGGCUAAAGCUGAUGAGAAGACUGAACACCACUUAAACCCCUUGAAAGUUCUCCACUGUGUGGAUGAGCUGAUGUCAGAGGACAGCAUCAUUGUUGCCGAUGGGGGUGAUUUUGUUGGAAGCGCAGCUUACAUAAUGAGACCCAGAGGACCUUUGCGUUGGUUAGAUCCAGGUGCCUUUGGGACCCUGGGAGUUGGAGGAGGAUUUGCCCUGGGGGCAAAACUGUGCCGGCCUGAAUCUGAGGUGUGGAUAGUAUACGGUGAUGGCUCUUUGGGGUACAGUGUUGCAGAGGUCGACACAUUCACUAGACACAAGACCCCAGUUAUUGCUGUGGUGGGGAAUGAUGCCUGCUGGAGUCAGAUAUCCAGAGAGCAGGUUCCCAUACUCGGCAGCAAUGUGGCAUGCGGCCUGGCAUUUACGGAUUAUCAUAUUGUGGCAGAUGGUUACGGUGGUAAGGGCUACCUUAUAGGGCGUGAGGACGAGAACAGGCUAAACGACAUCAUCAGACAGGCUCAAAAGGAGGCCCAGGAGGGCAAAACUAUACUUCUGAAUGUUCUGAUAGGGAAGACCAACUUCAGAGAGGGCUCGAUCUCUGUAUAGAGCAGCUGUGAUUUUCUUUUAAAAUGGUGCACUCCUCGUCCUUUACCCUGAUUCUCUUUAUAGACUUUAUUAUCGGGCUCUGUGAAAUGUUCCAGUGAAUGGGAAGAUACUGUUGUUGGAUACUGUGUAGAGUCCUGACCACACCUAUGCUAAUCCUUUAUGCCCUUAAAGCCAUAUUUCACUUUAAUGGAAAUGACUUUACAGUAUACUGAUCUCUUAUAAGAGUUUAUAAACCAUCAGUUUCAAUGUCACUUCAUCAGAGGUAUCGAACAUCAGUGGAACCUCCGCCAACACCAGAGUAAUGACUUGCAGUGAGUAAUGACUGUCUUUGACUGUGAUAUUUCAAGAUAAAGGGAUGACAUUCAUAAGCCAGCAGUUACUAUUGUUAUUAUUUAAACAAUUAUUAUAAUUCAUAUCAACUUAAUUUGUCAUCAUAUAUUUAUUUCACUUAUUUACUAUUAAGUUUUACUCGAGUAAAAUACAAUAGUUCGGGAUCUGCCAGUCUACUAACUACAGCUUUUGUUGUACGUCAUGUUACUUUUUGGGUUAUAUUUUGUUGUUGCUUAUUGCUGCAAUUUUAAGAAGGGAUGAGAGUGAAUAGUAAGAAACUCUUGCUUUGUUUAGGGAUGGUGCCUCUUUAGGAGGUUAAGAUAUUUCGUGCAAAUAAACCAGUGACUGAAAAUCAAUAGUGAGAGAGAGCAUUGGUUUAAUUAUCAACAAGGAAACAAAAAAAUGUUUCUUGGUGUCCAUGGUUAACAAAUGUGACCAAUAUGCCUUUUCUCCUGUUUUCAAAUGAACAGGGAGCCUUUUUUAGGACACUUCAAAUCUUACAGCUGUAAGGAUCAUUCUCACUUGAUGAUUGGGGAUAAACAUAUGUUGAAUUAAAGUUGUUUUUUUUUUUGUUUUUCAAUGUGCAAGACGGUAUGGUAUGCCUUUUAGAGUUUGAUCAUGUCUUUAAACACAUUGGUACGUGAAAAUGUGUCUGCUGAUUUAGUCAUGACUUUAAAUGAUAUUUAAUACUGACUUGUAUACAUGGGCUAUAAUUUAAAGUAUGCCUAUGCUCAAUAUGUAUUGCACUAUAAUUAAAACUUAUUUACUCACCAGGUGAACAUGUCACUCUGAUGAUUUCUUGGGUUUUUUUUGUGUCAAACUUUUAAUCAUAAAAUGCAGAUUUGGAUAGAUUCUCAAAUAAAAAUAAAAAAGAGG